CUGAAACACCCCUAUGCACACUACAAAACAGGAAGAUUAGCUACGAGAGAGUGGCAUCAGGAGUAGACAGAGAUGGUGGGUGAAGAGAUGAGGAAAGAGUUGGGAGGUUCACUUCCAGUUGAAAAUGUACAAGCUCUUGCUUCCAACAACCCCUUGGUGGAUGAGUCUCUCCAAAUUCCCAUCAUAGACAUGAGGAAGCUCAUGGUUGAAGAUGAUGAAAUGGGUAAACUUCACUUGGCCUGUAAAGAAUGGGGCUUUUUCCAGUUAAUAAAUCACGGGGUAGCAGAAGAAGUAAUAGAGAAAAUGAAGGCGGACCUACAAGAAUUCUUUAAAUUACCACUGGAGGAGAAGAAUGCUUAUGCACGGCUACCAAAUGGCAUGGAGGGCUAUGGCCAACCCUAUAUUUUUGGACAGGGCCGGAAGCUUGAUUGUGGUGAUAUGUUUAUGCUUGGCUCACAACCAGCCUCUCAAAGAAAUAUGAAGUUUUGGCCUGAAAACCCUUCUUCUUUCAGGGCAACCUUGGACAAGUAUUCAUUGGAGCUCCAAAAAGUUUCAACUUGUCUUGUUAAGUUGAUGGCUAAGAACCUUGGGAACAAUCCUAAGCAUCUUACAGACAUGUUUGAGAAUGGAAGACAAGCAGUAAGAAUGAAUUAUUAUCCAGCUUGUGUGAAUGAAAGCAAUGUUACGGGCAUCACUCCCCAUACAGAUGCCCCUGGACUCACCCUACUUCUUCAAGUCAAUGAAGUGCAAGGUCUACAAAUCAAAAGAAAUGGUAAAUGGAUACCAAUUACCCCCAUCCCUGGUGCAUUCAUUGUCAACAUUGGCGACAUUAUUGAGGUAAUGAGCAAUGGAGAAUAUAAGAGUAUAGAGCACAAAACAGUCUUGAAUCCAGAACAUGAACGCUUCUCCAUUGCCGCAUUUCACUUUCCAAAUGUUAAGGCAAUGAUUGGACCUUUGCAAGACCUGGUAAAGGAGAAUGGUGCAGUUUAUAAAACUCUAAACAAUGAUGAGUUUUUAGGGCUUUUCCAAAAGGCAAAACUUGAUGGUAAGAGUAUAUUAUAUCAUAUGAAAUUAGAGAGCUAAAAAAACUUGAUAAUUAUGUUAUGUUAGAUGAACUUUGAGUUAAAUAAAUCAUGUGAUUUAUGGUGAAUUAAGAGAAUUUCAAUUUCUUAUAUUUGGUCUCUACGACUUUUGA